AUGGAUUUCGUGAUCGGAGCGUCGGCGGGAAUGGGCGCCUGCCUCUUCACCAACCCCUUGGAGGUGCUCAAAACCAAGAUGCAGCUGCAGGGCGAGCUGCGGGCGAAGGGCCAGCACGCCGUCCACUACAGGAACAUCUUCCAUUCGAGCUACGUCAUAGCCAAAAACGACGGGCUGCUCGCCCUGCAGAAGGGCCUGGUGCCCGCCCUCUGGGUGCAAGUCGUACUAAACGGAGUCAGGUUAGGAUUCUACCAGUGGGCGACCAAUAAGCAGUUACUGAACGACAAAAACGGGAAUCUGAUCGUGUCCAGGAGCGUGACGGUGUCCGCCUUGGGCGCCAUCUUGGGCCAAACGCUGUCGAGCCCGUUGUUUCUCGUCAAAACUCACCUGCAAGCCCAAUCGGCCACGGCCUCUUUGGCUGUGGGCCACCAGCACGAGCACACCACCAUGCUGGCGGCGUUCAAAAACAUUUACGCCCAACAAGGGAUGAAGGGGCUCUUUAGGGGAGUCACGGCGUCCGUUCCCAGGGCAGCCGUGGGGUCGAUAAUGCAGUUGUUGAGCUUCGAUUACUCGAAGAGGCGGCUGUUGGAGUACGAUUAUUUCUACGAUAAGAAAAUACUGACGGCCUUUUUGGCUAGUAUGGCGGGCGGGGUUGCCAUUACUCUGGCCAUGACGCCUUUCGAUUUGAUCAUGACGAGGAUAUACAAUCAACCGACCGAUGCUAGCGGGAAAGGGGUUUUAUAUACUAGCUACAAGGAUUGCAUGAUGAAGAUUUACAAUGCCGAAGGAUUUUUGGCUUUUUAUAAAGGCGUGGGGCCCAUGUACCUCAGAUUAGGGCCGCAUACCGUGCUGUGUUUAGUAUUUUGGGACCAUUUGAACACUUUGUAUAUGAAUUUCUUGAAGAAAGUAUAA